AUGUCCGUCUUGAGUUUCUGGACGGGCUUGAUAGCGCUCGUACUGUUGGUGGUUCUCGUGCGACACCAGCAGCGACAGCGUUCCGCGAGACAGCCUGGGAUGCGUCCGGAACGACGCAACGAGCCUGCCUACGUCGCCAGUACGAAACCGGUGACCCACCAGGCGGCAAAUAUCGCGGUCAACCGAGCCGAAACACGAACAAAAACGGUGUACACCACAGAGGAGGUUAGUAGACACUGCACACGCGAAUCGCUUUGGCUCAUCAUCGACGGACGCGUCUACGACGUUACGAGUUACGUCGAUCAUCAUCCUGGCGGUGACGCCAUCUUCCGCAACGCUGGGCGAGAUUCUUCGGCAGGGUUCCAUGGAGACCAGCACCCAGAAAAGGUUAACGAAAUAAUACCCGAUUUCUAUAUCGGCGACUUGAAGCAGUGA